AUGGAUUUCUCUCUCCAAUCCCACAAAUCCUUCAUCGGACUCCCAGCGACAGAGCUCCCAACGCCAUCUCUGGUCCUGAGCAGACCCGUCAUCGAGCACAACAUCCAGCAGCUUCUCGAUGAUGUCGAGCAGCUCAACAUUGCGUUCAGACCGCAUGUUAAGACGCUCAAGUCAACAGAAGUAACCCGCAUGAUGCUUGGCAACGGCCGCCAUCGCCGCAUCGUAGCAUCCACCCUUUGCGAGAUCAGAGGUGCCAUCGCUCUCGCACAAGAGGGUAUUCUCGACGAGAUCCUCUACGGCCUCCCCCUCCCCCCUAGCGCCCUCUCCCACCUAACCGCCCUAAUGAAAACAAUCCCCAGCCUCAAAAUCCUCCUAAUGGUCGACAACCCGCAACAAAUCACACACCUCGAGAAACAUGCCGAGUCAAACCCCACCCUAACACCCUGGCCGGUAUUCAUCAAAGUCGAUGUUGGAUCGCACAGAGCCGGGCUUGAGACAUCCUCGCCUUCGCUUCCGGAUUUGGUGAAGAGGGUUGAGGCGUCGAGUGCGGCGUACGUGUAUGGAUUCUAUUGCCAUGCGGGGCAUUCGUAUGCGUGUAAGACUAAUGCGCAGGCGGAGAAGGUGUUGGGGGAUGAGCUUGGUGGUGUGCUGAGGGCCGCGGGAUUUCUGGGGGAGAGGAAGGGGGAGGGAAAGGGGAAGGUGGUUGUUUCGGUGGGAUCGACGCCUACGGCGCAUGUUGUUAAGGCGUUGAAGGAGAGGGUGCCGGGGGGUGUAGAGGUUGAGUUACAUGCUGGAAACUAUCCCGCAAACGACCUCCAACAACUCAACACCGGCCUCGUCAGCACCUCCCAGCAAGCAGUCCGCAUCCUCGCGGAGGUAUGCAGCGUGUAUCCCGAGCGUAACGAGGCGCUCGUCAAUGCGGGUACCAUCGCGCUAUCCAAAGAGACUAGUGAUUCACCGGGCUACGGCCGUGUGGUUGAUAAACCGCAAUGGAGCGUUGUGCGGAUGGCGCAGGAGCAUGGGAUUUUGGGAUUUACUGGAGGUGACGGGAAGGAGAAAGUGGGGGAUGUGUUUCGGGUGGGGGAUAAGGUGUGGUUGUAUAUUCAACAUGCUUGUAUUACGGCUGCGGCGCACCAUGUUUAUUAUGUUGUCGAUGAGGGUGACGUGGUUAGGGAGACUUGGGUGCCAUGGAAGGGGUGGUAG